AUGUUUACAUCGGCCAAUCUGGUCGUAACUAAUUAUAAAAUCCAACGGAUUUUCCAGGAAGAAACAUUUCCCCCACGCCUGGUUUGCCUUGCCACCGUCGACGACCAGAAAUUCAUACUAAAGUACAUUCACCCGGUUAAUUUCGAGGAUCUUCAAAGCAUAGACAAUAGACUACGCGGUGCAAACCAUGUUCGUCUCUCUCAAGACACCAUCCCCGAGAAGUCGAUGUUCGUUUUCGAAUACUUCGCGGAUCAUCUCCUACAUCUUACUCAGAAAGACUUGCCCCUUGAAGUAAUAAAAAGGAUCCUGAGAGAUGCUCUUCGCGGAAUUGCAGAAUUGCAUGAUCGAGAUAUCGUCCAUACAGACAGUAAGGCGGAUAAUGUCUUCAUCGACUGGAGAGAUCACCACGGUAAAAUCAAGCUUGAGCGAGUCCAGCUUGGGGAUCUCGAAGACGCCGUGCAUAUUCCCCCUGAAUCACAUAUGAUCGGCAAACAGGCAGGGAACUGGAUGUGGAGGAGUCCUGAAGCCCACGCCAAUGGACCCGUGAAUAAGCCGUCUGAUAUUUUCUCUUUUGUGCUUGUCUGCAUUUUCGCGCUACACAAACGAGUCAUCUUUGCCGCUGGGGAAGAAGAAUUGGAAGAGGGCAUAGACCCCCCUGGCCAUUAUGAAGAUGGUCUAAACAGUUUUCUGAAACGUCUUGGCAACGAAAUCCCCUGGGUUCGCGUGUUUGAAGUACUUCGGGACGGUUUCAACAAAGAAAACCCGCGCAGACCGUUUUCCCUUUGGAAGGGGGUUGACAACGAUUUUAAGAGUCUUAUUUGUGCCAUGACGAAUUUUGAUCCUGAAAGGAGAAUUACGGCUCAUGGAGCAUUGGCACACAAGUGGUUUGAAGGUAUUUGA